UUUCUUCUUGUUAAGUUUGUUCUACGCUGCUUUCCGUCCUCACACUUUUGCACGUAGUAUUGACAGUGACUGCGUAAUGAAUGGUUUGUCAGUUUUAGAACUGGACACGAGAUUUUUUUAAAUCAAACUUUUAAUGAACUUUUUUCUCGCGCCACAUAAAUGUUCCAUGAAUUAAAUCGAUAUAAUUAGGUGAUUGUUCUAGAAAAAUCGGUUUAGCCGUGUAUACAACUUGUGAACAUUUAAGGAAGACGUCUGAAAAUGAGUCAGUUUGACGAGUAUUGCAGUUUGGAUGGUGAUGACAAUGGAAACCACGAACACCCGGUAGUCAACAGACACGAAGUAACGGAGGCGGACCGCACUUCAGUCAACAGUAACGUCCCGAGGAAGACGGUCACGCCUGGAGUGGGGGAGCACCGUCUUCAGUACAACUAUACCUUCUGGUUCUCACGCCGCACGCAGAGUCGCCCCGCAAUCACACAGAGCUACGAGGAUAAUAUCCGGCAGAUCGGAACUGUGGCCUCGGUGGAGCAGUUCUGGAAACUGUACAGUCAUCUGGUCCGGCCUGGUGAUCUGACAGGUCACAGUGACUUCCACCUCUUUAAGGAGGGCAUCAAGCCCAUGUGGGAGGACAAAGCCAACAGGAGUGGCGGGAAGUGGAUCAUCCGGCUGAGGAAGGGGCUGGCCUCCCGCUUCUGGGAGAACAUCAUCCUGGCCAUGCUGGGCGAGCAGUUCAUGGUCGGAGAGGAGAUCUGCGGCGUCGUGGUGUCUGUCCGCUUUCAGGAGGACAUCCUGUCCAUCUGGAACAGGACGGCUAAUGACCACAUGACGACCUCUCGUAUCCGGGACACUCUGCGUCGGAUUCUCAAUCUUCCGCCCAACACCAUCAUGGAGUACAAGACCCACAACGACAGCCUCAGGGAUAAUUCCAGCUUCCGCAACACGAAGCUCACAGUCUGACCAGCAGCUGAUGGGCUGUGGAGGUGUGGGUGUGUCGGGUUCGAGGGCAACUGCCCUUCAGCUUUUCUACAAAUUAAGGACAUCUUAUUGUCUUUUUAAAAAUCGACACAAAUGGAGCAAAGCUGAAGCGGAAAGUACUGAACAGAGGGUGUUUUAUUUUGUUGCAUCUGUAUACAUUCAUUUACUGGUACUGUUCUUCUGUGGUUUUUUUUUUGUAUUUUUUCCACUUCAGGUGAUUUUAUUUAUCUGUAAAUAGUAAUUGACUUUUUCACGCUUGAUUAAGCUUUAGUUUAUGACGUUCAUUUUUCACAACUGAUUAUCCGAUACACUUUGCGGUAAACCUGGAAACCACGCCAGUAAGCAGGGGACACACUAAAAGGGAGGGGGCGGAGAUUUCGUGAUUUAGAAAAGUAAUUUAUAUCGGUAGCGUGAUAUUAAUGCGUUCACUCAGGGACCAUUUAAAAUGUAAAAAAUUACAACUUAUAGUCAGUUCAAAUCAUAAAUGACGGCCCUUAGUUGCUUACAAGUUUCAUAUUCUUCAGACUUUGAAAAUCACAUGAGUCUGUGGUUCGCCUUCAUACCGGUUGUAGCUAAUCAGUAAUAAAUGUAAGGACAAAAGCAUGUUUUAAUGUCGUACAGUUUUCCCCAUGACCCCUUAAAGCUAGACUUUAGGGAAAGUACGGACCCCACGCUAAAAGAACAUGAAAUCGCAAGGUUACGCUGGUCCGCCUGAAACUAUGAAGAACCGUUUAUAUUGGAUAGUGAAAUAACCAAUGUGUGAGUGCAUAUCAAGAUAAGAAAUCCAAGUCAGUUAAUAACUUCACUGAUGUGGCGCUGGUGAAGAAAGAAUUUAAACCAAAAGUGAAACUGCAGAAAAUUCCUUUCAGCUCCUUUUACUUUUACUAUGUGCCGAGUAAACUGCGUUUCUUCAGCUUCAAAUUUGGGGAUUUGGAGUUAAAGUGCGUUAAAGUCAGAAAUCGCUGGGUCCAGACGAAGCUUUGACUAUUCCGAAGAGACGAUAGGAGUCAUGGUGAGUAAUUAAACAUCGUCAGCAGGUCAGACCAUGUAGCCAAUAUUGUUUUUUGUACCUUUUUACCCUAUUCUAUGAUUACGUGACUUCCUCUCUUCGUGUCAUGACAGAACAACAUCGUGACUGAGAAUCACAAUGGAAACCAAGCUCAGUGUCCUAGAUGCCAGAGCUGGUGUUCGAAAGGAAGUUGUGGCGUGCGUACUGUGUGCAAACCCUGCUCCAAGCAGCUGCAUCGAGUUUACCAGUUCUGCUGGACCUGCAGGCGGGAAUGGCCGAAGGAAGCCGCAUUGGAAAGCAUCUGCUCCCUGCCACAGUGUGGGCUGCGGGCAGCCCUCCUCUCACCCGAGACCAUCACGGUCCCUGGGGCAUCUGUGGUGGGAUGUCCCUUCUUCCGUGUGUGUCCUGGAUGCAAAGCGUUAGUCUCCCACAUGGGAAGGGGAUGUCGCAACCUAAAAUGUCCAGACUGCCGUAUCUGGUUCUGCUUCCGUUGUCUGAAGAAGGAGAUCUGCCUGGAAAACUGCAGGAUUGUAGAUAACAGCUCAUCUAUAAGAGAUUUGAAGUUGUAGGAGCUGAUAUAAAAGAGGACAAGUAAAAAACAUAUUUAAUAAAAGCAUGGUGAUAUUUAAAUCCAGUAACAAGAUUUACUUACACCAAACCAAAUUGAUGAUAUUAUUGUUAAAUAUAUUACGGAUCUGUUGACUCAAUGAAUAUGAAUAAGCAGUCCGAAGAUUAGUGGAUGACUCUAUUGUAUGUGUAUCUAUAGUAUGUUGUUAUUGAAAGUCUGUUAAAUUUCCUUUUAAAGUUUGAUUAAAAUGUCUUUUUCUUCAUGUCUUGUAGCAUUGCUAAUUGUUUUAAUGGAUAUUAAAUUCCAUAGUGCAUUUUG